AUGGAGAUAAGAAGCAGCUCUUUCUUUAUCAUUCUCAUCGUCUUUGUUUCAACUGUGAUUCAAGCAAAAGCAGAUUCUGUUUAUUGCAGCAAUCCGGCAAGCCGGUGCUAUGGAAAGUAUAUACAUUGCCCCUAUGAAUGUCCAAGCACUAGCUAUGAAAACCGAAAGGCUAAAGUUUGCCAUGUUAACUGUGAUUCACCUGUCUGCAAAUCACAUUGCAAAUAUCGAAAACCAAACUGCAAUAGUCCUGGAUCAGCAUGUUACGAUCCCCGAUUCAUCGGUGGUGAUGGCAUUGUCUUCUACUUCCAUGGAAAAAGCAAUGAGCACUUCAGCUUGGUGUCUGAUAGCAGUCUACAAAUCAAUGGCCGCUUUAUCGGCCACCGCCCCGCAGGCCGAACUCGGGACUUUACUUGGAUUCAAGCACUUGGAAUCCUGUUCAACUCUCACUCCAUUUCACUUGAGGCUACUAAGGCUGCAACAUGGAACAGUGAAGUGGACCAUCUAAAGUUCAGUUACAACGGGGAGGAACUAGUUGUCCCAGAAGGUGCACUCUCAAGUUGGUACUCCCCUGAAAAGGAAGUGAAAGUUGAGAGAGUAGAAAACAAGAACAGUGUGAUUGUAACAUUAAAGGACACAGCAGAGAUUAUGGUGAAUGUAGUUCCAGUGACCAAAGAAGAUGACAGGGUUCACCACUACAAAGUACCUUCUGAUGACUGCUUUGCUCACUUGGAAGUGCAGUUUAGGUUCUUUAGCCUUUCCCCUAAUGUUGAUGGAGUCCUUGGAAGGACUUACAGGCCCGAUUUCGAGAACCCGGCCAAGCCUGGUGUGGCAAUGCCUGUUGUGGGCGGUGAAGAUAAAUAUAGGACAACUUCACUUCUUUCUCCAGACUGUUCAACAUGCAUGUUCUCACCAGAAACUGGUUCAAAUGAAGAGACCACAUCUCAGACUGAAGUUCUCACCCUCGACUGCACCCGUGGGGCUUCAGCUGGAUAUGGCAUUGUUUGCAAGAAAGAAAGUCAUGGAAUGGUAGCUGUUAUCAGUUAAAAUAAUGAAAGCUUAAGCUAUAUAGACUGACAAUAAUUCAAUAUUUUCAUUUCUAAAUGGUUCUUCAUUCAUAUAUAUUGUCUUUUA